CAAAGGGUCCUCAAGGUGAAAUCAAGUCCUCAACGCCAUUAAUACCCAUAAAACACGAAUAAGCCAAUAAAGCAGGAGCAACUGCACCUCUUUAUACCUGCGACACCAUAAUCUCUCCGAUAUAACCACCAGUCGACCUACAACAACCCGGCACAACCAGUCGCAUCGAGAACUCCAACCAGCCAGGCACCGGGCACAACAUCCCACAACCUGCACAAUGUCCUCUCAAGACUCUCUCCCAUCUUCCCCCGAAACCAUCGCGCGCCAGCGCUCCCUACUCCGCUACACCUCCUUCGGCGCGCUCGUCAUCUGUCCGCUCCUGAUUGCGCUGCCGCCGCGCAAGAUGGACGUCUACACCAUCGCGGCGCUGGCGUCGACGGGGUUGAGCGGGAACUACUUGAUGGGAGAUUACACAGGGAGGACAAUAGUUGACCGGGCGAAGUUUUCUGCAGCGGGGUUUAUGGCUGAGAAGGCGGAGGAGAAGAAGCGGUUACAGGAGAAGAUCAGGAUGGGAGAGGUGCUGAGGAGUGCGACGGAUAGUAGGCCGAAGGAGGGGUGGAAGGCCCAGAGGGAUGAGAGGGAGAAGAAGGCCGCCGAGGAGGGGAAGGGGUAUGGGGAUUUGAUUAUGGAUCAGAUUUGGGAUGUGUGGACUUGGGGAAAGGGAGAUAAAUAGGUGCUGACAGAUGAGGAGCUGUAUGAUCAGGGUUUACGACGACAAUGAGGUGGAAGUGUAUAUAAGAGUGUAGCUCGCGAUAGGAUUAUCUGGCAGAGCUUGUAGUAAUGUGUACAGUACGGGAUAUACCCUUCUCUUGGUAUCAAUCACUCAUACACUUCCUAUGCGAUUAUAUACAGACAUUGAAGCCAG